AUGACAGACAACAUUUUCACCUUCCCCAGCUUCGCUCCGGCUGCCAUACGCACUGUGUAUAAAUCUGACACCAAGUCCGUUCAAGCCGCCCUCGAUUUCCUAGACAAUCGAUACGCAUCAAUCGUCGAGGUAGGCCGGAGUGUGCCAGUGGAGCAGCAGAAUGAGUUCAGGGAAAGGUUGAAGGCCGAGGUGGUGGACCUUGUAACCCCUCGCCAUGUCGUCGCGGUUGUCGGGUCUGGCAUCAACUUUGACUCGCCCCGCUUCCUCAAGGCCAUGACCGGCGACACCUACCUACCGGCUGAGAAAACCGGUGAGCUUGGUGGCGACCUUUGGUGGUUGCAGCCACCCUGGGCACCGGCCUCCAAGGCUCUGGUGGCUGAGGCAUCCGACGUGGAAAUGGAGGAGAGUGCUGUCGAGCCCCCAGCCAAGGGUGCAGCCAAUGCGGCAGGCAACUCCGGGACGCCGUCAGCAGUUGCCUCCAGGGCGGCAUCUGUUCAGGCGUCGGGGAAUGGGCAGGGUGAGAAGGAUACCAGGACCAAGGAGACUCCAGAACCGACCGGAAGCAAGGCCAAGGGCAUGGCCAAGGACAGCGGCGAAGGCCCACCAGCCGUGAAGGAGAAGGUGGCUACCAAGCCCAAGACGAAGGCGAAGACCAAACCAGCGGAUGCGCCCGAGGACGGGGAAGCCGAGGACAUGGCUCCGGAGGACAGGGGAAAGAAGGGGAAGGGGAAGGAGAAGGCUGCCACGAAGGAGCCAGAGGCACCGAAGGCACCGAAGGCGGCGAAGGCGAAGGCAGCGAGUGCCAAGAGGAGCAAGGCAGCGACUCCGGAGGCGAGCGAGGUGGAGGGUGGUGAAGAGGCUCGAGCGGCCAAGAAGCAGAAGGGUGACCAGGCGCCAGUGGCAGUUGGCCCCAUCGUCGCAGCCUUUGCCCGCGCCGGUGCCCAAGAGGGUAAAGCCGGUGCGUCAUCCCCAAACCCUACCGGCCCCUUCGCUGACUAUCGUGUACUACCCCGGUCCAACUGGCCACCAGGCUCCUCCUCUCCGACCAAGCCCGUCAUUCCCUCUGCGCCCUCGAGCACACCGGGGCUCACCAUGAGCCAGUUCGGGUCUCUCGCCGCCAGCAUUGUCAAGCUGGCGGGCACUGUAUCGGAUCUGGUGGACCAGAUGACGGCCCUCAACAAGAAUAUGACCGGCCUGCAGAGCGAGAUGGUCGAGCUCAAGGGCAGCAUGCAAGCUCACCAGCUGCGGGAGGCUCCCAGGACCGGUGUGCUGCACGAUGCCACCCAGCAGACUGACACCGGAGUGGAGCCGGUCAGUGCUAUCCCUGGUAAGCUGAUCCAGGCACAGAUCUAUAGGGAGCCCGGAGCUCGCCUGCCGGGUAAGCCCUAUAAGAUCAAGUUCGGCCUUUCUAAUCCUUAUAAAGCCUCAGCCUCGGCUCCUGCAGCUGGUCAAGAGCCUGUCGACAUUGACAUGGAGAGUGGAGCCGGAGCCCGAGCCCGAGUAGAGGUGGUCCCCACCUUCACUGACCUCAACGAGUCGGCGCCGUCGUCUCAGGCCUAG